CUCAUACGUGUUCACUAGAAAAUGUGGUGACGAAAACUACUUUCCCGUUGAGCAUUGCGAAGCGGCGGCGGCGAGAUGUGUGCAAGAAAGAAAGGCCUAUUUUGUAGGCACGGUUUUGUCUGGUGCCGUUCUGAGAGAUUUUGCACGCAUUGCUGCGUAUUGAAGGCGUAGGUGGGCAUAAGGGGGUGCGACUCCUCUUCUAUAUGUUUUUUUUUGUACAGUGUGGCAAAAGGUUCUUUACAGGUAUUUCUCCCCCUUAAAGACUUAUAGCCAAACCUUACACGUUUACUCAGCAGUAAGCUCCACUAUAUACAAUUGGCCUUACUCCCUAGGAAGUUUCUAUUGGACUCAGUGGAGUUUACUUAUCAAUAGUCGUGCGUAGAGCUGCACUGUCGAGAUCUUUCUGUGGUCGAUGUAUAUUUCUGCAAGCCAUCCGAUUCGCUUCCUGCUUCCUGAAUGAGCCAUAAACCAAGUGGAAAAAGCAGUUGGAAGUUUGAUGUUUCACCAAAAUGCUUCCCAGUUCAUCUUCCUUAUCUGCCACAGCUAGACUUCCUUCCUCUGAUGCAUUUAAAAUUCAAAAUAUCUGCUUCACACUCACCAGAAGGUCCCAGGGAUUUUACAUGAAAGAUGCUGGUGUUGUCUAUAGGAAGAACAUGGGGAUUCUAAGGAAGCUAGUAUGCCAGGAAACUACAGUGUUCAAGAAUGUUUGGACAACACAUUCUACAUCUCCAAUUGCUUAUCAAAAUGGAAAGAUUUACUUUGACAAUUAUCGGUGCUGCGUGAGCAGCAUCACUCCAGAGCCAAGAAUAAUUUAUCAAAUGCCAGUGUGUCCUAAAUCAGAAAAAAUAGAGGAUGCUUUAUUAUUGGAAUGCCCAGUGGGUGAAGUGCUGCCCAGUCCAUCAGAUUACAAACCUUCCUUGGCAGUUCUGACAGCUCACAACUGGCUUUUUCGUCUCUCUGCAAGUACGGGAGAAAUACUUGAAAAAGUAUAUCUUACUCCCCACUGCAAAUUCAGAUACCUUAGCUGGGACACUCCUCAAGAGGUCAUGGUUUUAAAAUCAGCUCAGCAAAAGGUCCCUGCAGCUGCUCGUCAGACUGGCAUCCAGCAGUCUGUGCUAUUCUUUCUUGCUGUCUUCAGAGUUCUGCCACUUUCAUUCAUCGGAAUGCUAGAGCUUGACAAAAAAAUCUUUGGAAACAGCAUGACAGAUGCUGCAGUAUCUCAUAGCAUGCUGAUUGUGACGCAUAGUGCAGGUCUUGUCAAGCUGUAUAGCUUCCAGGCUGUCUCUGAACAGUUCAUGGCAUGCCAGGUGGAUUUGGGACAUGAGUGCUGCUGGAAUGGCAAAGUUGGGAUUGUGGGAAAAUAUCCUUUUGGCAUUCCUUGUAAUAUUAAAAUCACAGAUACUCCAGAUCUGCUUUUUGAAGUGUCUUCCUUGGAGAACACAUUUCAAAUUGGAGGAUACCCUUGGCAUUACAUCAUCACUCCUAACAAGAAAAAUCAGAAAGGAAUCUUCCAUGUUUGUUCAUUGAAAGACCAUACUUUGGCAGAGAAUGGCAUACAGGAUAUGAAAUGUUGCUCAUUGGAACCUGACUGGAUAUCUUUCCACCCAGACACUUCUGGGAGGAUGCUACAUGUGGGACCAAAGUUGAUUAAAGUUUUGAAGCUGAAAGAAGCUGAAAAUAAUGCAGAACAGCAGGAAGUUAUAGAAGACUUUGUCAUAGAGGCCAACAGGGAAAAUAAUGUUAACAACUCUGUAAUGGUAACAGCUUCUGGUCGAGUGGUGAAGAAGCGUAUUAACUUAUUGGAUGAUGACCCUGAACAAGAGACUUUCAAAAUUGUGGACUAUGAAGAUGAACUGAAUUUACUGUCCAUUGUGGCAGUCACUCAGAUAGGAGCUGAUGGGACAGCCCACCUUGACUUUCACUGUAACGAGCAUGGAACUCAACUUAAGAGCAUUCCUUUUAUGGAAUCUUGGGAUGUGACGUACAACCACGAAGUUUAUUUUGACAGAAAUAUAGUGGUGCACAUAGAACAAAAGCCGAACAGGAUCUUCAGCUGUUACGUUUACCAAAUGAUCUGCAGUAGUUCCAAGGAAGAUGAAAUCAUAAAGAAGGAAAAAGGAGAGCGAUUGUUUUGUAAAAAAUUGGGAAGAACUUUUGAGAUGUUUUUAUAGUUCCAGUCAUUUUAGAGGCUUUGCUGGGGACAACACCCAGAUUUGUAAACUUGUCUGAACUAGUUAGUAACUAUUACUCAGUUUCAUCUGUGUAAGUGUAAAUCCUUUAAAAUGAAUAAUGCAUUGAGCUGUUUAUUUUGAAGUUCUCUUACAUGCAACAAAAUUGUAAUUGCAUUUAUUACCUAUGUUUUCAGGAAGAGGGGGAGCUACCUAUUUGGCCCAAGAGCAGAAUACAAUUUGUUGGACCAGUUUCUAUGGCUAGAAGAGUAUGCCAACUUCAAUAGCUCAAAACAGUAUUUAUUUAUGUAUUCUUUAAAA